GGAAACUUCUCGAGCGGUCAAUCUGAUGCAUCUGAAACUGUGAUAGGGUCCGAAACAGAAGAAGAAGCUUCAUCCAUGUACUUUUGCGAACUGACUCGGACACUCUUAGCAAAGGAUAGCGAGGAUGCGCAUUUUUAUCGAGAAUAUAAAGUGCCGUUCUCAAGUGGACAAAACUUUUCGACACCGCGAAUGUUGGACUCUCGUUGACAAGGUCUGCGUGGGGCGUAGAGACGUAUGAGCACUUGAUGAGCUUCUCGACGAAUUUCAGGAAUUUAGGGUUCAAGUCAUGCUUCAGACAGUGAUCAUUCUGGCGAUCAAUUUCUUCCAAAGCAGCCUUUCAUACGUCUUGCAUGAGUCCAUCUCUUGUCAAAAUCAAUGUGUAGCCACUUUCGGGGAUAAAUUAGACAGACUUUCAUCUCAGCAGAUGGACUAGAUUCCUCAUGCUCGCGACUUCGAAUUCAGUAUGGAUAGCACGUGUCUGCCACAAGCCACCGUCAGCAAUCGAGUUAUGAUCCUCGUUUUCUGGAGGAUUAUUCUAGAUUUAAUCGAAGUCAGCUCUCCGUUACUUGUUGCAGAAAUAAGAGCCUUCCAAUUUCCAUUUUGUGUUUGCAAGCCCUUGAAUAAAGUGCCAGAAAUUCUUGUGAAUUCAGGCACCACCAUCAGCGAUCUCAUCAGGACAAGGUUAGAGUGGCUAGACGGAAGAGGCACUGAACGAGCUUAGUGAAUGUUAAAAGCAUGGCUGCUGAAGGCCUAUAGCCAAUUCCUUCUUCUUCCAGCAAUUUCGACCCCAUGGGAGAAGCCAGCACUUCAUCGGGCUCUUCUGGGACAUCAUCUUCAUACAAUCAGUCGGAAUUUCUACAAGUCCAGUAUGCUGUACACGACCACUUCACGCCCCGAAGAGAAGACACUGGCACCAAACCGAUCAAAUUGCUGCUCUAUGGAAAGGCUGGAGAUGGCAAGUCAACAAUUGGGAACAUGCUACUCGACGGCCGAGUGGAAGGAUUGUUCGAUAGAAGGGACUGCCAAUCCGCAGUCCCGACGUCCAGUAUGUCCAAACGGUGCAGUGAAAACAAGCAGUGGGAAGUGAUCGACACGGUGGGUCUGUUUUCGCCAGGUAAUCGCACCUCGGACGCGCAUCUGAUUGACAAGCUGCACGAUUUUCUCUUGACAGAGUGCCCUGAAAUCGACGUCAUCUGCUACGUGAAGAAGGCGUCCAAGUACACGGGAGCAGAUGAAAUCUGCUUGAACCAUUUCAAAAGAUUGUUCAAAGGUCACAAGGUCGAGCAGAACGUUGUCCUGGUUUUCACUUCCUGUCCCGAUCAAAACACAUUCUUCAAGUUCAACGACCAUGUCAUAUCAAAGCAUAUGGGUGCAGAGUACAAACGGCGAGUCGGAGUGGAAUUCCCCCCUCCGAAUUCGAAUGUUGACAUAGAAGAAAUGAUGAAGGAGAAGCGAGCUUCCAGCUUGAAAGAUCUAGAGAAGGAACUGAAGCAGGUUGUGUCAGAAGUUGUGGGGCCUGUUGUCUUGAGGCCGGACGGUCAUUUUUCUUGCUAUAAUACACUGAAUAUCUUCCAGAAAGGAGUUGAUAGACCCGAUGUUCAAGACAGAAGAUCGAUUGCAGAUAACAAACCCCCACUAAUUGCAUGAGCUUAGUUUUCUCUCGACCACCAACAUGCCACAGUCUGAUGUAUAUAUCUGUAAAGCAUCAAAGGUGGCCCAAUAUGUGACGCUAUAUUUUUAUGCGUGCAAAGCUUUCUACAUUUCAGGCAAAUCCAACUGAGUACCAGUAAACCUUGCGUCUAUCAAGCUCUAGUGUUUCCCUUAUACUUAUAAUGCCGAACGCGUGUAGGGUGCCGAAUCGCGUGGGACUCGAUAAUAGGCUCCUUGUUCGGACAUUAUUCUCUAGACAGUUGCCUCAAAUCACGAAGAAGGCUUCGAAAAUAAAAUCCUCUGCUAGAAAGCAACUCAUUCAAAAUAAGCAACAUAUUAUGAAUGAGGCUUUCUAGCUUCAGAACUAAUUGAAGUCUCUUUAGAAAUGAAAUAAGUAAACAUUCGAUGAAACAUUAACCUCUGUGAAAGUGACUUUUUUCGUCACAGUUGCG